AUGGCUGUGACAACUGUUAAUCAGAAGGAAGCCGCGGUGCCCAGACUUAGGCUUCGCAAAGCGCACCGGAAAUCCAGGAAUGGCUGUCGGAAUUGCAAACUACGCCGGGUCAAGUGUGACGAGGUCCAGCCCACCUGUCAGCGAUGCAGUGCCUAUGGUGUUUUAUGCAACUAUGGCUCCGACGCUCCCGACCUACAAAUGGCCCGCGAGAUCGAAGAUCUGGCGGUGAUCAGCGCCGAUGCUACGACCACGCUAGAGUUGAACCGAGAAUCCAGAGACCAUCUGAUCUCUUUCGAGAAAUCGGGGACCCUCGUUACCAUUGCCACCGUCCAUCACAAGGAGGUUUUACAAUUAGCGUGCCUAAAUCCUUACCUCAUGCAUGUAAUCUUGGCCAUUGCCGCUAUGCAUAACCGACUACGGGACACGCCUGCUCCAAGAGGCCCCAGCACAUUUGAGAGUUACCACGUCUCCCAGUGCGCGGCACUACUGGGUCGGAAGUUAUCACAACCUCUACAAGCAGAAGACCGCGACCCACUCUGGAUGACAUCGACUUUACUAGGCGUAAUGUCCACAUCGAGCAUACCCUCUUUAAUACCUCAAGAAGUCUGGCCGCUGAAGCCAUCCAACACAUCCGACCUAGAAUGGCUGCGCAUGGCCGAGGGGAAAAUGGCGGUCUGGAGAAUCGCCGACCCCCUACGUCCGAAUAGUCUCUUCCGCGACAUGGCUGAAGAAUACGCGCAGAUGUAUGACGGCCCCCUUCGUAUAGGCAAUGGUCAAGUGCCGCCGGCGCUAGCGCGACUUUGCUGCAUUACCCCCUCCUCAUCCCCGGACACCAACCCUUACUUUACGGCCGUGCAUACGCUUGCCACAGUGCUUAAACUGCAUGCUGGCCAACUGUCAAGGGCACAUAUUUUAUCAUUUACAAGCCGAAUGGAACGUCCGUUCAAGUCGCUAUUGCACGUAAGAGACCCUGUGGCAUUGCUGCUUUUGUCUCUGUGGUAUGUGAAAGCUGGAGAUGUGAUAUGGUGGCUCCAACUUCGGGCGAAGCACCACGCGGAUCGGAAGGACAUCUUAGACCUACUGCCCUGUGGACCGGAGCAGAGUGCAGGACUGCAUGACCUUUCCUCCCCGUUCUAG